GCAAAAUAAACUGGCCACACCAACAGUCUACCGGCGGGAAAGGAGAGAACAUAGAGAAUUGCUGAAGAAACGCAUUUUCGCAAUCUGAAACCAUUUCAGAUCAAUUCCUCGAAAAAUUGGUUUCGAUUGGUACCCAAUUUAUAGGCAUUUUUUUGAUUCUCAGCUGACUUAGAAAAAAGUCGCCAUAGCUGAGCGACGAAUUUGUACUGGAAAUCUAUUAUUUUUUAAAAGUCCUUUUGUUUUUUCUUACUUUUUCUUUAACUAAUAUAGAAACCCCUUUCAAUUCAGUCAGUUCCCACUGGAAAUCACAAGGUACUUUUGCUUUGUACUUAAAAUCACUUGCUUUGCUCCAUUGCUUGUGACUCAACAUUUUUUAUUAGCAUACAGGCGAAGAGCGUAUCUAAAGAACCUUUGUAAUAGUUAUAUAUUCGUUUGCGUCCUUUCCCUUGUUUUUACGCCCUGUCCUUCCUUUUUCCUGUACCCAGCGAGUAUCUAGUUCUUCACAAACUUUUGUUCUUUUGUAUAAUGUCUUGGAAAUUGACGAAAAAAUUAAAAGAAACACAUCUUGCCUCCGCGAUCGGAUUGAACUCGAGUGGCUCGAUAAAAGGUUUGCGAAAUAAUGCGCAUUCUUCAACAUCUUCCCAAAAAUCUAGCGAAGAAAAAUCUUGCAGAAGCUCAGAAGACCAACAAUCCCCUCAAAGUACCGUGGUUCAGCCAGGUUUGCUUCAAGUCACAAUUAUUGCAGCCAGAGACUUGCGCUUGCCUUCUGGAUAUACUCCAAGUAGUUAUACAGCAUCUUUCGGUGCUACUCCUAGUACCAAUGGCUUGGGUCACUCUCGAUCUCGAAGUCAUGCAUGGUGGCUACCUUACAUCGUUGUAGAAUUUGACAAAAAUGAGGUUUUGGUGGAUGCUCUGAAUACUGCCACUCUAGAAAACCCAAGAUGGGACUAUCAAGCAACUUUUGAUGUUUCCCGAUAUUCAAAAUUAUCUCUAAACAUUUAUCUUCGGUCUUCUUCGAGUCGAUUGAGAAACGGGAUGGGCAAUGACGUGUUUUUGGGAGGAAUAAAGCUUUCUCCAUCUUUUAUUGUUAAUAAACUUACUGAUGAAUGGGUUCCUUUGCAGGGAGGCAGCGGAAAACUUCGUGUCCAAAUGCUGUACAAACCGAACCAAAAUACCCCUCUUACCAUCGAUGCUUUUGACCUUUUAAAAGUUGUUGGAAAAGGCUCUUUUGGAAAAGUUAUGCAAGUUCGAAAGCGCGACACGUCACGUAUCUAUGCUUUGAAAACUAUUCGAAAAGCACAUAUUGUUUCAAGGAGUGAAGUUGACCAUACUUUGGCUGAAAGAACUGUGCUGGCACAGGUCAAUAAUCCUUUUAUUGUUCCGCUUAAAUUCUCUUUCCAAUCCCCUGAAAAGUUGUAUAUUGUUUUGGCAUUCGUAAAUGGUGGUGAGCUAUUCCAUCAUCUACAACGUGAAGGUUGCUUUGGCACUUACCGAGCAAAGUUUUACACGGCAGAAUUGCUGAUAGCUCUUGAGUGCCUUCAUGAAUUCAACGUCAUUUAUCGUGAUUUAAAACCAGAAAACAUCCUUUUAGACUACACAGGUCAUAUUGCUCUAUGUGAUUUUGGUUUAUGCAAAUUAAAUAUGGCCAAAACAGACCGCACAAACACUUUUUGUGGCACCCCAGAAUACCUUGCGCCGGAAUUGCUUUUGGGUCACGGUUAUACAAAAGUAGUUGACUGGUGGACUUUGGGUGUGUUACUUUAUGAAAUGAUUACUGGACUUCCUCCGUUUUAUGAUGAAAAUCUAAAUGAAAUGUAUAGAAAAAUAUUACAAGAUACGUUACGCUUCCCUGAUAAUAUUGAUAAAGACGGCCGUAACUUGCUAUGCGGCUUAUUGACUCGCUCGCCGGAAAAACGACUAGGUAGUCGCGGUGCCCAAGAGAUAAAAAACCAUCCUUUUUUUGCGGAUAUUGAUUGGAAAAAGCUUUGCGCCAAAAAGAUCCAGCCGCCGUUUAAACCAAGUGUCGACUCUGCUAUCGAUACGAGUAACUUUGACUCCGAGUUUACUUCAGAAAUCCCAAUGGAUAGUGUUGUCGCGGAUUCACAUCUGUCGGAAACAGUCCAACAACAGUUUGCAGAUUGGAGCUAUCAACGCCCUACAACGAUAGAUGCAUCUGAUGACAUUUCAACAAUUGGUCCUGGAAGCAUAACUCGGUAGUGACUCGUAUAUGCUGUACCUGUUCUUUUUUUUGAUAAGUAUUCCACUCUUUAUUGUUUUUAUAUCAUCUAACUAUCGAAAACAUAGCUGUCGCUUCAGCAAUCAUUCGUCUCAGCACAGCUAUUUUUCUUUCUUAACAACUUAGAAUCAUUUGUAUUUAAAGAUUAUGAAAUCUGUACCUUGCAAUUACAUGGUAUUUUUUUUUUAUAUAAGGAAGAAACCUUAAAGUAGCAUUGAUCUUACACAAACGUCGCUUAGAAAGAUAAUCGUGCAUGAAAUCUAUAUGCAUUGUGAAAGUGAAUUAUUUAACAGACCGUAGAAGAAUAUAGAACUAAAUAUACAUGGGAAGUUUUUGCAUCC